AUGAUGAAAUCUGGUAGGGCUGACGGAGAUCUUCCCUAUGUGGUUAUACUUUUCGAACUAUUUUCUUUUUUGCUUAAGGUGGAAGUGCUGAUAGCUGCAAACCUAUUGGAAGACGCCACAAUGAAGAUGGAAAUCAACCGCAACUUGAGGGAAAUCUUCUCCGAUCGUCCUAUUUUUGAUCGUCGUCAGAGAUCGCUUUCUAUUGUUACUUGA